AUGGUCGGACAAAGUACAAGCCAGCAUCGACGAGAGCAGAACCGCAUUAAUCAAAGAAACAGUCGUAAGUCUGCAAUUGGUCCUCUCCAGAUCAUCAAGUGCUUGCCUUGUGGAAGUGAGGCUCACAUGUGCUCUCAAGGAGCCAAAAGAAAAGCCGCCCACAGUGCCGCCUCGGCUGGCCCCUUCGGUCAAACUCGCAAAUGGAUCAUCUACACUGAAAUGGCUGACGCAGCUCGAUAUCCCACAACGGAUGCAACGGACACGUCUCUCAGCAUCAACUUGACCCCUGGGAGGAGCGGUGGCGAGAGCCUAUUAGAGGCCGCUUCCAGGCGUUUCUGUGAUCUCGACAUAACGGAUCGUAAAAGGUUUAUAUGCCAUAUCCAGCAGGAAGCUCUCGACGGGUCCGCUUCAGCCAUUAUGCAGGGUCGGCUACUACUUCCAGUGACGCAGUACAACAUCUUCAUCGCCAUGGCCUCGAAUGCAAAAUCCAUCGGUCUAUCGAUGGACGACCUCCGCCAUGAUAUCCUCUCACCUUUCGUCUCCUAUCAACCAGCCAAGUCUGUGGUACCGCCAACCCUUGAGCCGACUGCCCUACAAAGGACCACAAUUCAUCACCCCUGGCUAGAUCUUUAUCCUAUGAGCUCGGUCAGGGAUGCCUUAAUCAGCCGCAUGUGGCAGUACGACGAGGACGAGCUGUGUCACGAUCUGUUUGGGUCCUGUUCAAAGGAUCAGAAAAGCGCAGGGUUCCUCAUAUGGGGCGAACCUUGGGAUCCUAUGGCUUACGAGAUCACUCCAAGGGUACUCUACAAAUGGGCCUGGCUCUUUGACAAUUGUGUCGAUCUACUCCGCUCCACGAACCACUGGCGCAGACAGAGGGGCGAGAAGCCUCUUCCUACUCCAUGGCUUCCUCAGAUCACCCAAACCCAGAACCAAACAAUACGGAGAAACUAA